UAUAAGGCGGCCGGUGGGCGGCUGCGGGAGCAGAGCGGGCGGCGGAGGCGGCGCCAUGCCCGGGCUGUGGGAGCGGCUGGCGGGCGGCGAGCGGGGCUGCCUGGAGACCUCCGACUGCGAGUCCCUGGGCAGCGCCUCCGGCUCGGAGGGAGAUGCCGAAUACGCCGAAGGGGUCUCCCUGCCGGACCUGGACCUGCUGCACGACCCCGAGGACGAGCUGCUGUGCGCCAACCUGAUGGACCUGGUCCAGGCCACGCUGGGCAGAGCCCCGCUGGGCGCCAAGCGCUGCUCCCGGCUCCUCAUGCCGGCCCAGCUCCUGGCGCAGGUGAGGACCGAGCUGCUGCGCCUGGCCUGCAGCGAGCCCUGCGGGCUGCGCGGGGCCCUCCUCGACCUCUGCGUGGAGCACGGCAAGGCCUGCCACGACGUGGGGCACAUCGCCGUGGACCCCGCCGUGGUACCCACCUUCCAGCUCACCCUGGUGCUCCGGCUGGACUCCCGCCUCUGGCCCAAAAUCCAGGGACUCUUCACCUCGGGGCCGGCUUUCACGCCGCUGAAGCUGAGCACGGGCUUCAGGGUCAUCAAGAAGAAGCUGUACAGCUCCGAGCAGCUGCUCAUAGAGGAGUGCUGAUGGGGCCGUGCCGGAGAAGCGACUUACCCAAGUGCUUUGGAAGAUCCGGUUAGAGCGUGGCGGCUCCCGCUGUAGUUUAGGUUAGGCUGGAGUAGAGCUGUAGGUGGAAGUAGUUGGGGCAGACGGGGGUGCCCGCCUGUGCCGAGGCAUCCCUGAUGCAGACCAGGACCCAGGCGGAGGUCGCUUCACGCUGUCGAUGAUUGUGGGAUGAUUGCGGCGACUGCGCUCCUGGACGUGGCAGCAGGGCUGCUGGGGGGCAGACGGUCUCCUGAUUAAUCAUGCGUGGGGUGGUUUUUUUUUCUGUAAUGAGAUUGUAAUCAAUGGGGUUCCUGGGGGAGGGGGUGUGCGUGUGGGAGUGAGCGAGGGCUGGGCUGUGGGUCUGGAUCAAAAGUGAAACCCCACUGCUGGCACGGGGGCGGCUCUGCGCUGGAUCCCGGGAAGGCGGGAGGGGGGUCGGGAAUCAUGUUGUGUCUUUGAUCACGAGAGGAAGGAGUGGGGGGAGAGGGGUGUGCGCGAGGUGACGGAGGGCAGGACCCCUGGCUGUGACACACCGUGGGCGCUUCAUUGGUUACAGUUUACACUCAUACACUUGAUGUUCAAGUGCAAGACUUCCUAUGCAAUCGUGUCGGGGUGGGUUUUUUUACUUUUCUAAUAAAACUUGUCUUAAUUGAUAA